AUGGAGUCACUGAAGAUCCUUGGCGUAGACUUAGAUGAUGAAUUAAACUUUAGUAAGCACAUCAGUGAAGUAUGCAAGUGUUCCAGCCAGAAAGUGGGAGUAAUUUUAAGACUCAGAAACCUAAUCCCCACAAAAGCCAAGCUGGACCUCUAUAAAACCUCAGUCCUUCCACAAUUAACCUAUUGUCAUACAGUCUGGCACUUUUGUAAAGCAUCGGACAGACAUAAACUAGAAAGAGUGCAAGAGCGUGCAUUAAGAGCAAUAUUCAAUACGAAGGCACAUUCAUAUGAGGAAUUAUUCAAUAGAGCAAAUCUUUCCACCUUGUAUAAUAGACGACUACAAGACAUAGCAAUUCUAAUGUUCAAGGUGAAAAACAAUAUAAGUCCACUUUAUGUUAACAGAAUUUUCGAGACAGUUGACAAGGGCUAUGGCUUACGUAGUGCAGACUUCCAUAGACCCCGUUUUAAUACUGUGCAAUAUGGCAAACAAGCACUUAGAUACUUUGGACCGUAUAUAUGGCAGAUAGAGAAAAGCCAUCUUUAG